AGAAAGGAAAAACACUCCCGGAAGUUCCGCAUGCAUAGCUUUACGUGAUAAUGAUUGGGUGUUACAAGUAAAAUGUAAAACUCGUAUAAACUGCCAGAACGAAAAAUGAUCGCCGCAACGCAAAAUUUGUUCACGCUGUUAUUAAUUUUGGAGACACUUUAUUUUUCAGCAUCUGGUUAUAAUCGGACGAAAUUGCCCCUCUGUCCUUUGGUUGAGGAUAAUUGCUAUUUGCAACCCAGUAUAUUGUGCUUUUGCAAAUCGACCGGAAAGGACACAUUAUUAGAACGCAACGCACGCACUGGCUUUUUGAAUCUGUACGACAGCACUAAUGGUGCGCUAAUUUGCCCCCGGAAAAAAAGAGACGAGUGUUCAAAAAGAUGCAACCUUAGAGGUAAAUGCUUGUCCAAGUUCAGGAAGGAUACCUGCGCUUCUAUUUUAGGAAUCACAAUCAUUGGAGAACCGAUCAGUCCUAAUGUUGCAAAUUAUUUAGGUGCAGGUUUGCGUCCAGACGUGUGUCCAACUGACCUGACCAAGUGCCACCAUUGUGGCUCUACAUUGCCGUGCUAUUGCCCGACCCUUCAGAAGAACAUCAGCAUCAGAUGCAGUUACCUUGGCUUCCUUGACCUAUUCGACCCCAAUAGCGGCCUUCCUUAUUGCAUGACAAGCAACGUAACAACAGAUUGCUCUAAAAUUUGGUUCAGCAAAAUAGCUUGGUGCCAAGAUCUGUUCUUUGAUUCCCAUUUGUUUACACCUCUUAAUAAUGGUGUCGCAAAUUCAACACCCUGGACAAUCCUUUCCACCAGCAACAACAAUGUUAAUAUAGCUGAAAAUCCAGUAUCUGACAGUGUCACAGAGGAGCAUCCUAUUGAUAAAGGCAACAUGAUGAUUUACAUUGGAGCCGCAAUUGGGAUUCUAGUCACAGGGGCCGCUGUUUCUGUUGCCUAUUUUAUGUGGCGGAAACGGAAAAGAUCAGCAGAAAAUGAACAAACUAUGGAGGAGGAAAACGAAAUGUAUGGUGUGUUUCCUGGAAGAAACAUGACGGCACCGAUAAUCAAUGUCACAAGUACGAAGGAACAAGAGAGGGUGACACAGCCUAUCAUUAAUAAUGAGUUUGAGGAGGAGAACGAACUCUAUGGCACUUUCAACUAGCCAAACUGUAGUCAAAUUUACAAAAUUAGAAUAUAGGCAAAUUUAUUAAACAAUUAAGUCAAAUUUGAACCACUUUACAGGAGAAGAAAUACAAAACAUAAAUCAUUUAUUAAUUUUUUGAAUAAGACCAAAAAAUUUAAUGAUAUAUAACUUAUUAUUUACUACGUUCAAACGAUUUUGCUUUGUAAAAAAGUAUAUUAUCUUCAAAUUAAAUGAAAGUAAAAUUUUGAGUUCAAUAACGCUUUAUAAUUAAGGAUUAUAAGAUCUCGUUAUAUUUCUAAUAUGGAUUUUAAAUAUUGUUAGCUUAAUUAUUUUAUACGGUCGGUUUUUUAUUAUUUAUUCUUCAGGUCCAGUGUUUGGGAAGCAUAUAAGCAAAAUUAAAAAAUAUACAAUGUUUAUAAUUCAAUAUUUUUUGUCCCGGGUUUUUAACAUUUCUUUGUGUAAAAAUAUUAUUAUUAUUAUUAUUGAAUCCGUGUGAAUUAAUCAAUAAGUUUGUAAAUUUAAGGUAAAAAUUCUUAUUACACGAUAAUGAAAUUAUAUAGAUCACUAUUUUAGCUUUGUGCAAUUGAGGAAAUAAUUAUUUUUCCGUUUUUUUUUUUUUGUAAGUUAGUGCACACUGACUCAGCUCGCACCUUGGCUGUGUCUCAAAUUUGAUUGCGUGCCUUCUACUCUCUUCAAAGAAUGACACAAGGGUGGCGAGCCCUAAUUAAUCCGCGGCAAAUUUCACCCGUCGCCAUUGUUUGCACAGAAAACGCAGCAGAGAGUGCGUGAAAAAGAGAAGUGCUUCAAGGUGUACAGUGCGCGAUAUAGGCGAGAGAUGAUGAUGAUGGUGAUGAAGCUUUAGCAAAGUGUUGCUGCCGCUGCGGCGGAGUGAGCUCCAUAUUUCAUGCUCACGGUGUGCGUGUUGAAACGAACUUUUACCUCUAUAAAUCCCACAACCCUCUCUUACUACAUCAUUUACUGCCCAUGGCAGGAUGGAUUUGAGGGAGAUCGGCCUAGCGAGAAAAACGGAUGCACCAAAGUCUUCAAUAUUUAAAUAAUUGUAAAACCAAAUAUCUGUUAACUUUAAAAAUAUCUUCCAUUUAAAAAAAUUGGAGCAAAUUUUGUUUUGGAAUUUAUUAAAUUUCUUUGUUGUAUCUUAAUAAAUAAAAUUUUUUAUGUAAUAACA